GUGAUACUGGAACAAAAAAAGAUUUGGGUACUGUUGCUGCACCUGGGAAAGGCGGUGAAGUUGAAGUUGAAGCACCUGUGGAUCAAAAGGAUAUUAAUGCUGCAUAUGAUGAAGCUGUUAAUGAGUUAGCACGGCAUGUUGAAGAGGAACCAAAGCAACGUUCAGAAUCAGAAAAACAAGAAGAUUAUUAUAAAGCAUUCCGUACAGAAGUCGUGCUUGCUUGGACCAUUAGCAAUGCUGCAUUAGUAGCUGCUGUUACAAAUGGCAGUUCAACCUUAAAUUCAAUAUUGCCUCAAGACCAAAGAA